CAAAGCUCCUCAGGAAGUCGGCGAAGUCGGCGGCGAUGGCGGCUUCCUAUAAAGUGGGGAACCUGCUGAUGCGGCGACUGAUAGCUCCCAUCCAGCUGGGCUUCAACUUGGGCCUUCGCCCCAUGAGCUCCACUGCACAGAAUGAGGCCUUCGGAGCAGCUGCCUCCGAAGCCCCAGGUCACAGCUAUGAGUCGCUUAAAGUGACAUCUGCCCAGAAACAUGUUCUCCACGUGCAGCUAAACAGGCCUGACAAGAGGAACGCCAUGAACAAGGCCUUCUGGAGGGAGAUGGUGGAAUGUUUCAACAAGAUAGCACAAGACUCUGACUGCCGGGCUGUGGUGAUCUCUGGUGCAGGGAAAAUGUUCAGUUCAGGUAUCGACCUCGUAGACAUGGCGUCUGACAUGCUGCAGCCCCAAGGAGACGAUGCGGCCCGCAUGGCCUGGUACCUCCGUAACCUCAUCAGCUUGUACCAGAAGACCUUCAGCGUCAUCGAGCAGUGCCCCAAGCCUGUGAUCGCCGCCAUCCACGGGCCCUGUAUUGGUGCUGGCGUGGACCUCAUCACUGCCUGCGACAUCCGCUACUGUGCCCAGGAUGCUUACUUCCAGGUGAAGGAAGUGGACAUAGGCCUGGCUGCCGAUGUGGGGACACUGCAGCGCCUUCCCAAAGUCAUCGGGAGCCAGAGCCUGGUCAACGAGCUGGCCUUCACCGCCCGCAAGAUGAUGGCUGAGGAGGCGCUGAACAGCGGGCUGGUCAGCCGUGUGUUCCCAGACAAGGAGCGCAUGCUCGAUGCUGCAUUCGCCCUGGCCAGUGAGAUUUCCAGCAAGAGCCCAGUGGCAGUGCAGACCACUAAAGUCAACCUGCUCUAUGCCCGCGACCAUUCAGUGGCCGAGGGCCUCAACCACAUGGCUUCCUGGAACAUGAGCAUGCUGCAGACCCAGGACAUCAUCAAAUCUGUCCAGGCGGCGAUGGAGAAGAAGGACCUGAAGAGCGUCACCUUCUCGAAGCUUUGAGAGCUCUCAGCUUCCAGGCCCCAAACCCAGGGUCACCAGGGUUGGGCUUGCAGCGCCUCCCACCUGUGUCCUUAUCUGUGGGAAGGGAGGACUGGUGAAGAUGGUCUUCUCCAUGCCUUGGCACACAGCCUCGUUUAUAAGUUUAUGAUACUGAUUUCCCUAAGCCCAAGGCCUUAUCUUUCUUUGGAGCAAUAAAGCCUCACAAAGAACCUGGUGUCUUU